UUUUAUGAACAGCAAUGUUCUGUGAGCAAAUCAUGAAGCUCUGCUGUUGCACCGAGGACAAUGUCCUGAGCUUCACCGAUUUGUACGGGAAGAGGGGGGGCAUUCUCAUCAAACGAUGGUGAAAGUACCCCGAGGGUAUCGAGGAUCUCCUGAAUCUUGAGGACUGAGUCCUUGAUCGUGGUGGCUAGCUGAAUAAGUCUUGGAACUGGCAUUACUGGGUUCAUUUUGGGUUUCUGAUGCAGAAUUUGGCGGCGGUGAGGAGAAGAAACCGCAACUCGGUUACGGGGAUAAAAGCGAGGGAAAGAAUUGAGAGUGAAGGAGGGUACAAAAUGGAAUCGAAUAUCAAGUAAGCUUAUGUGUUUCACAUAUACGUCCUCAAAUCAAAACCAUAAUCCCGCUAUUUGAAAUUAGAUUUCACUUUUGGCCGGUAUUGCAGCAAACGAAGGAAUAUAUGCAGUCUUGUCUGCACUUCCCUGGGUGGCAACCUAGCGGGAGGUACUUCGCUCCGUUUGCCUGAUACAAUAUCACAUCAAUAUGCAGCUUGCUUUACUCUGGUCCUCAGAACCAUGCUUUAUACUCUGGACCCUUUCAUAUCCUAGCUUCACUGCGGCACUCACAGCCAAUAUCAUCGGCAAACAAGGAAAGGACAUGAUCUCCACAUGAAGUGAUCGCCCAUGUUCACUGAUACUCCGAACUUCGGGGAAUAAUCUGUUAAUCAGGACGCACGGCUCCGGAUAGCAGUGGAAUGAGUGCUUGUCGCUUAUAAUACCCAUGUACCGUUAGUGGGGUUGGGGAGGGUUAGGAUUCGGCAUGGAUUGUCCUACUAUCUUUCUGAUGGAUGGGCCAACAUCCAUGGGCUCUAAGAAGUUGGGAUGAGGAGGCAUUAGGAACCUACACAUAAAUGGAGUUUAUCAAGUAUGCAACAUGCAUAUUUGUUCGAACGAAAACACAAUAAGGUUCCAUCCCAACACCACUUCAAUAUGCCUCUGCUCAAUGAUCUGCCGUCUAGUUCUACAGAACCGAAGCCCACAUCAUCAGAACCCCAGUGCUUUACAUCAUCCUUAUGCUCCCCUUUUUGUUCGCAACCACCAUCAGAAUGGGGACCGUCAUCCAUCUGUCUUCAAGAUAUUCUUAAAGCAGUGGCCGUGUUGAGGAAAGGGUCAAUUAUCUGCUAUCCUCUGGGAAAUAUUGCCGGUUAUAAGGAAUAUUCCUGCGUGGAGCUCUAUAUCCAAUCCAGUCACUGCGCUCAGUUACUUCGGACACUUCCUAGCUUCAAGCACGCGGCUCCUAUACUUUUACACUUGGAUGACCAUUGGAAUACUAUAGUUUGGUUCUGGGCAAUUCUGCUUGCCAAUGGUGUUCCUGUUCUUUCUUCUCCAUUCAGCAUCGUUGACGACCAUCGUCUAGAGCAGAUUCGGGGCUUGUCAAAGCUUCUUCAAUCUCCGAUAUGCAUCACAACGAAAGAUUUACUUAGUGUGUUUGGCGGCACCGAAAAUUUGCUGAAAAUUCACACAACGGAGUCACUGAGCUUGGAUGAAUUUCAAAUUGGUCACCCAAGCCCGGAGAUUUCAGCCGCCUAUCCAAGCUAUAUGGGAGGUCAAUCCCUGGCGAUGCUGAUGCUAACGUCAGGAAGUACUGGGAACUCAAAGGCUGUACGCCUGACGCACAAGCAGAUAAUUUCAGCAAUCACCGGGAAAGCGUCCGUACGCCCGUUACCCGUUGAUGGCCCAUUCAUGAACUGGAUUGACCUUAACCACGUUGCAAGCCUCAUUGAAAUUCACAUUCAGGCUCUGUGGCUAGGGGUUGACCAGAUUCACGUCCAUGCAGCCGAUAUCGUUUCAACUCCUAGCGUCUUCCUUGACCUACUAAGCAAGCACCGUGUCUGUCGCACUUUUGCGCCAAAUUUUUUCCUUGGAGCCUUGAUAUCCUCAACAAAGUCAAAACUCAGUCCUCCGCUGGGCGAAAGACCGUGGGAUUUAUCGAAUUUGCAGAUAGUUGCCUCUGGGGGAGAGGCCAAUGAUGUGACAACCUGCGUUGCUGUGUCUGCCUUAUUCCAAAAUUAUGGAGCACGCCCAGAUGCCAUCACACCCGGGUUCGGCAUGACAGAGACUUGCGCCGGGGCUAUAUUCAACCUUACAUGUCCGUCAUACGAUGUUGAACGCGGCUAUGCUAUUGCCUCUCUAGGCAAGUGCAUGGAGGGCAUUGAGAUGCGUGUUACCAUUGGCUCCAGAUUGGCAGCUAUAGAUGAGUGUGGCGAUUUGGAGGUACGCGGUGAUGUGGUGUUUAGUGGCUAUCAUCGAAAUGCUGAGGCCACUGCUAACGCCUUUCCUUGGGGAGAUGGAUGGUUCCGUACCGGAGAUCGAGCUCGUAUCAAUUCGGACGGCAAUCUCUGUCUUAUUGGCAGAAAAGAAGAAUUGGUAAACAUCAAUGGCAUUAAAAUUGUCAUAUCAGAUGUCGUAUCGCUGCUAGAGCGGGCGCUUGGGGGCAGAGUAAACCGUUUUGUGGUGUUCUCUUCCCGAGUCACUCACACCGAUCAGAUCACCGUUUGCUAUAUCCCUACGAAAUGGCCUCAUACCGCUAAAGAGAUGGACAUGGUUGACGCAUUAAUUACUCAAGAAUGCCUUUCUGGUACUUUUGCGCGUCCUCUGGUGUUUUCCUUGAGAGAGUCAUCACUGUCUCUUUUACCUAUAUCCUCUCUGGGAAAGAUUUCACCUGCAAAGAUGAGUUCAUUAUUCGCAGCUGGUGUCUUUGACCAAGAUGUUAGUCUUCACAAGAAUCAUCUUAAGGAGUAUAAGGAUGAGAAACAGCGGGGAGCAUUGCAGUCUGUUGCAACUGAAGCUGAGACGCUUAUCAUGGUUGACUUUGCAAGGACCCUAAACAUCGACCAUACUGCGAUAAGUCCAGAAACGCAAGUCUUCGAGCUAGGUUUCACGUCCAUGGACCUUAUCCGCCUGAAACGCCAUCUCGAUACUCGUUUGGGCAUCACAUUGCCCAUAGUGACAAUCAUGAAAAACCCAACCGCCCGAUUACUAGCCGCAGCUCUGGCUAGCCAGGCCUCCAGGGACGGGCGAGAGGAAACAAAGGACACAGAAUACGAUCCUGUGGUAACACUGAAAUCUGGUGGCUCAAAGGCGCCACUUUGGCUUUUCCACCCCGGUGUGGGCGAAGUCCUUGUCUUCAUCGGUUUAGCACAGCACCUUGCUGAUGAGGACAGGCCCAUCUACGCCUUGCGUGCAAGGGGCUUCGAACGAGGACAGACACACUUUGCAUCCAUUACUGAGACAGUUGACACCUACAUCCAUGCCAUCCAGAAGCACCAGAAAAGGGGCCCGUACGCAUUGGCAGGUUAUAGCUACGGCGCGAUGCUUGCCUUUGAAACGGCCAAAAAGCUAAGCUCCAUGGAAAUAGGUACCACGGGCAAUUCAGUACGUUUCCUUGGCAGCUUCAAUCUACCACCACACAUCAAAUGGCGCAUGCGUCAACUUUGCUGGAACAUGUGCCUGCUGCAUCUGACACAAUUCCUCGGAAUCACGACGGACGAAUAUGUGGAGGAAAUGGAGCAAAACCCACAAUUUUCUCACAAAUCCAGGCAUGAUGCAGUAGAACAAAUACUUCUUGCUGCGGACCGGGAGCGGAUGGAAGAGCUGGGACUGGAAGACGCAGCACUUGCCAGAUGGGCUGACGUCGCUUUCAGCCUGCAGAGCAUGGCAGUGGAUUACGAACCCAGCGGACAGGCAGACAGCAUUGAUGUAUUCCAUGCUAUUCCCCUCAAACUUGCCGCUCCAUCGCGAGAAGUAUGGAUAAAGGAACAUUUGAGCAAAUGGAGAGACUUUUCUCGGACUGAACCUAGAUUCCAUGCAGUUGGAGGUGCACACUACACCAUGAUUGGACCAGAUAACGUGGUUGGAUUUGCUUCAAAGCUCCAAAAGGCCCUGGCUGCACGCGGGGUCUAACCCCGGUAUCAGUUAGAUGACCGACUUUGUUGGUUGGUUAUAGGAAGUCAUUUGGGAGAAUGCCUAGUCAAUUUAGUUGCAUAAUAGUUACAAGUUUCUAGCCUUGUUUUCCUGCUUGCACUCCGUGCUCCAGACUGCAAUAUACUCCCUACUUGUUUACUCCACACUGAGACACUGAGAUGCAGCUACUUACAUAGCCUUACAAGUUACCUUGGAACGGGUAAAAACAUUCGCUUUAUAUUUUUUGCAGGGGGCGGCUUAUCUCGAGCAACCCAACAUGGCUGAACCAUUAUCCCGGGUGCAUAUGCACAAAGCAUGCACCCAGUUAUGUUUAAUCAUUAUAUUUAUGGCAGUAUUGACAGGCAUGUCUGUGUCACAUCUACGGAGUUGCUGACGUUUAAGGUUAAUUCGCCGGUAGCCAACACACAGACGUCCGCAACCACCCCAGUAGCCAAGACAAUUAUACCGAUGUACUUCACACUGCUUUGCAUAUUUUCUUGUGCUUUUCACGUACAAUAACACGGGAGGCAGCGACAUCCCAAAAUAUGAUGCCUGUAUACUCUGGCUUCUCCGCUUUCUAACCCCCUAACAACUUCCCGCCUGGGCGACUGCUGGAUG